AUGUUAAAGGUAAUGAUACUCAAAUGGGGGGCAGUGAUAAUUAUUUUCGUGUAACUAUUUCACUUAAAAAGGAACCAAAUACUGGACCAGUUUAUUGUAAAAUGGAAAAAACAAAUAAGUAUCGUCAGCAAAAAACUGUUAAAUUAUUUUGUGAUGCGAUGUACCGUUUUGAUGUGAGCUUCAAGCCACCUCAACAGUUAGAAUUAUUUAGCAUAGAUGGAGAAUUAAUAGAAGUAACAGAACAGUUUAGAGAUGGAACCGCAUGUGCUUACAGCGCUUAUUAUUCAACAAACAAUGCAAAUCCAAGUCCUCGGGGUCAGCGUAUAGAAUUGCCAAUGACAAUCCGGGUGUUUGGAUCAGAAGACCUAAAAAGUAGUCUUCAAAUAAAAUAUUAUAGGUCAGAUGACCACAAACACUGUGAAUAUGGCUCUAAGUUGCAUUGUAUUGAAUUAGAUUGUUCGAGUUUAGACGGCAAUCUUGCUACUGUCGACAAAGAAACUUAUAAAAAAAUUGGCGUUGAUCCAUAG